AUGGCAACUCACCUUUGGGCAAAAAGUGGCUUCAUAUCUGAACUUCCACCAACUCCAACAUCCCCAUUCACCAAAUUUGCGUUUAACGAAGACGACGACGCCACAAACCACAACAAUAACAUUAACAAGAUAUACGGAAUAUGUCCUGAGUGCGAUUCUCCAAAUUCCGGAUACGGUUGGUGCGGACAAUGUAUAAACCACUCUUACCAACAAACGUAUCCGGAUCGUACAAGUGGAAAUGACCCAAUCGAUACCUUUAUCACAAAAUCACAGAUAGUGUCCACAUCGCAGUAUAAUUUUUUCGAGUGGAUUCCGUACUCGUAUUUCAGUGACAUAGAGUUUUUGGCGGAAGGUGGAUAUGGGUGUAUACAUACCGCUGUGUGGUUAGAGGGACCCAUCUCGCAAUACGAUUCAAAUGUGAAUCAGUUUUUGAGAGAUGGUGCAAAAAAAGUCGCGUUGAAGACGUUUAAGGAUUCACAAAACAUUUCAGCUGAAUUUUUUGAUGAGAUUGCAGGAAGCCUACGACAUACGUUUCGAUAUCCAAUCAUACCGUGUUAUGGAAUGACUCAAAAUCCAGAAACUCUGGAAUUCGCAAUGGUUGUGCAUUACGCAGCAGAUGGCAACCUUCGAGAAUACAUGCGAAAAAACAAUGCAAGCAUCACCUGGCAACAAAAGCUCGACAUUUUGCACGAAAUCGCACGUGGUCUCUCGAUAAUUCAUCUUCACGGAUACACGCAUCACAAUUUUCAUAUACGUCCUGCCGCCGCUGUACUUGAACGAACUCUGCAACGAUGGUAUUCAGAUGUAAAAGAAGAUGAAGUUGAAAAGGAGAGUUGCAUGCAAUUCAAAAACGCCGAAGAGAAUAGAGCUAAAGAAAUUCCUGAGACGAUAAUUCAUCCCGGAGCCAUUUAUCAGAGCAAAUUCUUGAAUCUUCCGGUUAUAGCAAUAGAAAAUUCACAAUUAGAUAUUGAAGCUCAAGGUUUUUAA